GCCCUGUUCUGCCCCGUCCUGUCUUGUCUUGUACCCCCUCCCUCCCCGUCUUGCCCCAACGUCCCAGUAGUGGACGUUACAGAAACUGGUGCAAAGUCGAGCUCUCCGUCGUCAACGAGCAAUCCUUCGAGAUCGAGCUCGAAGUCGACCCUCAUCUGAUCAACCAGAUGCGCUCCAAGGCCGACUUUGUCAGCGAGGUCCUCGGCCGUGUCUGGUAUAUCUUUGAGAUCAUCCAGAACACGGCGGCCGUCUGCUGCUACGGUGAGAUCCGUCGAGGCAUCGCCAGCUACAACCAGCUGGUCCAUGCGCUUCCCGACACCGAAGUCGAUCGCCGCUCCACCACCUUCAUCGGCAACCAGGCUUACUCGCUCCACCGUGAGUACUUGGAGGCCCUUCUGGCUCGCCGUGGCUCCGAGAUCGUCAUCACCGACAAGCUCGACGGUGUGCGUGUACUCCUCUUCUUUACCGAUCGCGACGUCUGGAUGAUCGGUAGAGACUUGAGCUUCACCCGCCUCCUCAACUUGAACGAUGUGCCUCGUUCCGCCGCCCUCCCCGACCUCCGCGGCACUCUCUUGGAUUGCGAGCUCAUGACGACCACAAAGCCCUGGCCCGCCUCGAUCGAACACCGGGUCCAUGUCUUUGACGUCCUCUUCUUCAAGCGCGAUGACCUGCGAGACUCGAAACAACACGGACUCUUCCAGCGGCUCUCGACCGCCGCCCAUGCCUUGCGCCAGUUCCAACACCUCGGUAUCAUCAUGAAAGAGUACUACCGCGGCAAGGCCCAGAUCUACCACCGGCUCCAGCGCGGACUCCACGGCUCCCAGGACUGGCUACAUCAUCCUCGAUGCCAACCAACCCUAUCCGCCCGACACCUCAUCCAAGCACACCUACAAGUACAAACCCCGCCCUACCAUCGACUUUCUCUUUGGCAACUGGCGUCCUCUACGUCAACGGCAACGACACGCUCCUUGACCUGGAACGAGCCGGUCGAAUACCGCUGUCCCCGUCGUCAACGGCUGAUAUCGUGGAGGCGUACUUUGACACCACCGUCUCCAGGUGGAUCGUCUACAAGGUGCGCAAGGACAAGAUCAAGCCCAAUUACAUCGACGUGGCCAUCGACUGUCAAGCGCUGCCUGCAGGAGAAGAUCGAUCUCGUCGAGGAGCUCUGUUCCGAUGCGGGUCCGGGCAAACCACACGCCAGCAACGAGCCGACGUAUCUCGACUGCAUCAUCCGCGACCAUAUCGCCACUGGACAUGCAUCCGAGCCCGGCAAAGGUUACCGAUGCCCCGACCAAGUCACUCCGUCCGACUCGUACGUCAGACUCAUGGUUUUGACGGAUGCCCAGCGCACCCUUGAUCUGUGCAAGCGCUUCCCGACCAAGUACAAGCUCGUCAACGGCGGCCACGGCGACGAUGAGGAUUACGAUGUCCUCAGGGAGGCCCGUGUGUCCCUCCAGUGCACCGGGCCAUACGGCACAUUUCCCUUGAUCUACCAGGACGUGGCCGUCACCGCCAUGCUCGACAAGGGCUUCCAGCUCGAGCAUGCCCACAGCAUCAUCGACCAUGAUCGCUGGCUCGUCAAGUACCGCAAGCAAUACGAAUGCAUGGGCGACGACGAGCGCGAGUUUGCCCGUGCCUGUCUCGUCUAUGUCUUUCGCCGCAGAAGCACCGCCGAGGAUGCCGCCUGGGUCCCUGUUCCAGCCAAGGCCGUCGCUUUGCUCUCGGUACACCUGGUCUUUGGCAAGCAACCCAAGAUGCGCAAGAUCGUCGCCGACUUUAACGACACGCUCUCGGGAAUCUUGCUCACAGAGUCCCCGAUGGUGAUCGACGGGCCCAACACCAACUGGGCCGAUGUCGCCAAGAAGGUCGCCCUGGAUAUCUACAUUUACAACGAUGCGACCGGUGGUCUGAGUGUCCACCGAUCCACACACUCGACCGUAUCCAGUCUGGGCGUGGCACUCUACCAGCCCGCCGCGGAUCAGGUUUAUGUCGUCGGCGAAACCAACACCACCCCCAGCCUCGGUCUCUUCAGGAUCCUGCGGUCGGCCGUCAAGAAUGCGCCGCCCAUCGUCUCUGUUGCGCCAGCCAUCGAGCCUCCGAUUCAGAUUCAGGUGCAGCAGGAUGAGCCCAGGGACAUGGACAUGGAAAUGGACAUGGAAGUGGACAAGCCCGAGGAGCCGCAGCAACCCCAGCAAGAAGCCGAGCCUGAAAUGGCGGUCGUUAUCGCCGAUGAAGAGAUGGCCAAAUGGACACUGGUCAAGUUGCGUGACUUUGCCCGCACCCACAAGAUCAACCUCAAGGGCUCCAAGUCCAAGAGUGAGCUGCUGGAGCACAUUGGGGCUCACAUGAAAAAGCAGUAAGGAAAACGAUUCUGAAUAAAGAUAUAGCUGCCUACCA